AACGCAACACCUUAGUUGUGUUAUAUACCUCCCGCGACAACAGUCGAUUCCACGGUUACACUUAACGUUUUAGUUAACCGGUGACCGAAAACAGUCUGAUGGAAAGUGAUUGGUAUCAAUAAGCCAGACAGUGAUAAUGGGAGCAUUCAAAAGCAGCUUUUUCCGGACCCUUCUUGGAUCCCUCCUGCUCUGCUCAGUGGGAAUCUACGUCUGCUACAUUUAUUUGAAUGCUGAUCCCGAUUACCAUCACCUGAGAAAUGUUAGGGUCUGGAAUUCCUCCCAUUACUACAUUCACACUCCUGGCUGUAUCAUGCCAGAAAUAGAGCCUUUUCACCCCAGCCUCCUGAAAUACAAGCUUAAGCGGCCAAAGCAGCUUGUAUGUUCCAAGAAGAAGCCCCUGACACAGGAAUCAGGACUGACCUUAUUCUUUUACAAGGACAGGUUGCACGAAUAUGGUGUUGCAGAUAAUGUUGCCAGAUGUGUUUAUCAAGGGAUACUAAGAGUUGAACAGAAACCUGGACAUUACAACAGUCAGUGCGACAACAAAUGGAAACUGAGAAAUGAGAGUAUUGCAAUAGAACAUAAAGAAACGCUCAUGACUGAGGAUGCAGUAUAUGUGAAAUGUACCAAUUCGAAGUCCAAGAAAAGUAAGCCGUUUUACGAAGCAGUUCAUUACUUCAUACAGCCAUGGAGAGUGGAAGAAAAACGAAAGCAAUAUAAGGCUAAGAACCACAGGCGCCAGAAUGAAGAUCUUAGCGUGAUUUUGAUGGGUUUAGACUCUGUUUCUCGAGCCAACCUCCAGCGGCACAUGCCCGCAACUUACGACUUUGUGAAAAACAAACUCCGCUUGAUUGAAAUGGAAGGCUUCAACAAAAUUGCCAUGAAUACCGAUGUAAACCUCUCGGGAAUCUUAAUAGGAAUGUAUUAUGAAGAAGUGCAGUCGAGCUGCACACCCAAGGAGAGUAAAACCAGAUUCGAUGACUGCCCGCUGAUAUGGAAGAACUUCUCUGCCAUUGGGUAUCCUACUGCUUUUGGGGAAGAUGGCCCCUGGAUGGGAAGCUUCCAUUACAGAAAACAUGGGUUUUGUAAACUGCCAACUGACUACUACAACAGACAUUACUUUUAUGCCUCAGAAAAACUGAUUGGAAGUACUUAUGGAAAGAGACAGGGUGCUAAUUAUUGCCAGGGGGGUCGGUCAAGUAUUUCCGUAAUCCAAGAUUAUUCCUUAGAGAUUGCUGAGUCCUUGAAGGAUAUUCCUUAUUUUGGGUAUUACUGGUCGGCCUCAGUUACACAUGGAUCUGUACAAGAGAACUCAAUGGCAGACAUCCCUACUCGUGACUAUCUAGAGAAGCUUAGUGAUAGAGGCUACCUGAAUCACACGGUGCUGCUUUUCAUAAGCGACCAUGGAGUUAGAUUUGGGAAGAUCACAAGCACAUACGCAGGUAUGUUAGAACUGAGACUGCCAUUUGUCAUGUUUGGAUUCCCGGAAUGGUUUGGGGACAAGUAUCCCGAAGCCAUGAGGAACCUGAAGACUAAUACAAAGAGACUGACGUCAUCAUUUGACCUUCAUGCAACUCUUCACGAUAUCGUCAACAAGGCUUACAUCAGUCCAAUAGAAAGUACUCUUCCCAACAGGUCUUACCGCUCACCUUUGGCGAACCACGGACAGAGUUUGUUUCUGGAAGUGUCUGAGAACAGGACAUGUGCAGAAGCAGGCAUACCGGAUAAGUUUUGUGCUUGCAUACAUACAAAAGAGGUCGAUACGAGUGACCCAAAGGUACAGGAAGCAGCAAACAAAGCAGUUGAUGUACUCAACGCUAAACUUAGGUCAUUCCCAGACUGUGCCCAACUGAAAUUAAAGCGGAUCGUUAGUGGUCAGUUAGGGUACCCUAGAAACGAAACGUUACCCAAACAACGAGAUACCCUGGCGACAUCGUAUGUUGUCACAUUCAUCACUGAACCAAGCGAAGCAGAGAUGGAAGCCUCAUUCAGACUCUAUGAAGGAAAAUUUGAGCUAUCAGCAGAUAUUUUACGCAUCAACAGCUACGAUAAUCAGAGUCAUUGUAUAACUGACGAGUAUAUGAAAAAUUAUUGUUUUUGUAAUGAUUUGGUCACUUAAGGAAGAAAGUAGUACAUUAUGUGCCAGAACGUGAUCAGAACAGAAUCCAGCUCUGUAACCUGUAAAAGGGACGUGUUAUUAUUCCUUAAUCUUUGAGUGCCAGACAUUCUGUUUACUUCAGCCUUACCUACCACAAAUUAUGGUUUAAUGGGCCAUCCAUUACGUGCAGGAAAGAGAUAUUCAAAGGGCGUGAUGUAUAUAUUUAGUCAUUCAAUUAUCAUUCUAAAUUUUAUUUCAGUAUUGUUGUCAAGCUAAUGUGUUCUAGCCUAUCUAAGAAUUCUAGGAAGAUAGAAAUAAAACAAGGAGAGAAGUCGGUGACCAGCCUAACUCAGGCUACCAUUCUGCAUACCUCAUGAUCAUAAUGAAAAUGAGUGGUGUUGAAUAUAAAACAGGUCACCAUAGACAACAUUUAAAGAUAAAAAAAAAAAACUGUCAGUAAUCUAGAUAAGCACGAAAGGGUUGCUUAAGCUGAGAAAGUGGUGGAUUAGAGUUGUCAACAUUCUGUCUUAAUGGAGGGAAAGAUGCACAUGAGAAUUUUGUAAAUAAUGUAAGUUGGGGCAAUGUUCAGAUAGCAAACGUGAGAACAAAUAUGGGUAUGCCAAUCCCACAUAAAUAACCAAUUUUAUUUUCAUGUUUGUUGCGUUCUAGUGUUAUUCAGUGAGCUUUAUGUACACAUUUACACAGAUGGCAGAUGGAGAAUUCGUUUGUGAAAGUACCAGUUUGGGCCUAAAGGGGCCUGAAAAGUUGAAAGGCUUAUGCUUGACUUGGUUGGAUUUAUUUACAAAACAUAUCUCAUACACACUCGUAUCACUCUCCUUAUUUUUCCUUUUAAGUUGCCAUAGAAAUCAUAGUUGAGAGUAAAACUGUUGUUUUACUUUGUAAGAAACGAAUGGCAAUUAACAUAUUAAAUGCUGAUAAAAACUACAUUUAUUGCAAUUUGAAGAGAAUUAGCACAGAUAUAAACAAACAGAGAGAAAAUAUUCAUCACAGCCACCACACUAACAAUAGUACUAAUGGUGACAAAACCAGACUGAAAAUGUUUAGAUAACAAUAACUGCAGAAAUAGCCCAACUAUAUAGACAUUUGCCUUCAUACACUACCUCAUGUUUUUGAAUAUCUUUCAUGUCUUUUGUAUUGUGAUUGGUAUCUGAUAUGAACUAUUGCUUUUUCUCUCCAAAAAUCUAGAAAACAUUACUUGCCUGUGUGGCGUUAAAGUCAGGAGAUUAUAAGCGGUAGUUAUCAUCAGUGUUGAAUGAUAUACAUUUCUGUAGCAGCAUUAUUUAUGAAUGAGGUGGCAAAGUGAAACUGAUUAAUGUAAUAAAACUUAGAUUGCGUUCAUUAUGGAAUUCUACUUGGAAAUCUUAUUGGUUUUAUUGUUUAUUUUUUACUAAUUAGAUAUAUUUAGGUGCCUUUGACAUUGAGUUGUUAUUGUUCCAAUGAUGUUAAUUUGUUCAAAUUCAUAUACUUCACUGCCUGGAAGUCGAAGUAUAUAAAAGUGAUUCACCAAUAUUUGAUUUGAUUUAUUAGAACCAGUAGAAUUAAGGCCAUGAAAGUGGAUUGUAAACUUUGUCCUUUUGUAUACUUUGCCAAAUAAAAUUUCUUGAAAAUGA